UCUGCCCAGCACCAACUUUGAACUUUUUCCUUGUUCUCUAGCCUGUUCUCAGCAUGUAAUUUUAGUCUUCAAAUGUGGCAUUUUUUUGAGCAUCAAAUACAUACUUAGUAACUCCUCACAUGCCCCUACUAGAUGUUCGAGAAAUAAGAAGGAAGCCUUGCUCUUGGUGACCCUCGAGGAGUCUGAGCUCUUCCUGUGGGUGAGGAAACACCACCUGCUAGCGCCUGCAGAGAAAUGGUGCCUGCUUAGCUGUGGUGAGGCUGGGACUGUGGGUGCUCAGAGAUGACCCCCCCCGCCCCAAAGUGUUGUGAAGAAUAUGAGAUAUGCCUCUUCAAAUGAACAGCAGGAGCUUUUCUGCCAGAAGCUGCAGCAGUGUUGUGUUCUGUUUGAUUUCAUGGACUCUGUUUCUGACUUGAAGAGCAAAGAAAUUAAAAGAGCAACACUGAAUGAACUGGUUGAGUAUGUUUCAACUAAUCGUGGUGUAAUUGUUGAAUCAGCGUAUUCUGAUAUAGUAAAAAUGAUCAGUGCUAACAUCUUCCGUACCCUUCCUCCAAGUGAUAAUCCAGACUUUGAUCCGGAAGAGGAUGAGCCCACACUUGAGGCUUCUUGGCCUCACAUACAGCUGGUAUAUGAAUUCUUCCUAAGAUUCUUGGAGAGCCCUGACUUCCAGCCUAGCAUUGCAAAGCGAUACAUUGAUCAGAAAUUUGUACAACAGCUCCUGGAGCUUUUUGAUAGUGAAGACCCCAGAGAACGUGACUUCCUGAAGACUGUUCUGCAUCGAAUUUAUGGGAAGUUCCUUGGAUUAAGAGCGUUCAUCAGAAAACAAAUCAACAACAUUUUCCUCAGGUUUAUAUAUGAAACAGAACAUUUCAAUGGUGUUGCUGAACUCCUUGAAAUAUUAGGAAGUAUUAUCAAUGGCUUUGCAUUGCCACUGAAAGCAGAACAUAAACAAUUUCUAAUGAAGGUUCUUAUUCCUAUGCAUACUGCGAAAGGAUUAGCGCUGUUCCAUGCACAGCUGGCCUACUGCGUCGUCCAGUUCCUGGAGAAGGACACCACCCUAACGGAGCCGGUGAUCCGAGGAUUGCUGAAGUUUUGGCCGAAAACGUGCAGUCAGAAAGAGGUGAUGUUUUUAGGAGAAAUUGAGGAAAUCCUAGAUGUCAUUGAACCAACACAAUUCAAGAAAAUCGAGGAGCCCCUUUUCAAACAAAUCUCCAAGUGUGUGUCCAGCUCCCACUUUCAGGUUGCAGAGAGAGCACUGUACUUCUGGAACAAUGAAUAUAUUCUUAGUUUGAUUGAAGAGAAUAUUGAUAAAAUUCUGCCAAUUAUGUUUGCCAGCUUGUACAAAAUUUCCAAAGAGCACUGGAAUCAGACUAUCGUGGCGCUGGUGUACAACGUGCUGAAGACGCUGAUGGAGAUGGACGGCAAGCUCUUCGAUGACCUCACCAGCUCAUACAAAGCAGAGCGACAAAGAGAGAAAAAGAAGGAAUUGGAACGUGAAGAACUGUGGAAAAAAUUGGAGGAGCUAAAGCUGAAGAAAGCUCUGGAAAAGCAGAACAGCGGCUACAAUAGCAUCCUCAACAACACAAACGCCGAGUAAGGGCCCCCGCGCAGGACUGGCAGUUUUGUACGCUCUUGUGGAAUAUGUAAACAUUACGAGACAAACCUCAUCAGUAUAAUUAAAAGGCCAAUUUUUUCCUGGCAAUUGUAAAUGACAGCCUGGACUAGACGCAGCCCUGUGCUGCUCACAGCCUCCGUGUGGUAACCCUGGUCUAUCAUUGAUCCUCUGUCACUUCUGGAGUCGCACAGAAAUGAACCUUAACAUCCAUGAGCAAGAUAAUUAUGGGAGUGGUAAGAAUUAUGACUUGAAUUCUUUGAUUGUGUUGCACAUAGAGUAGUUGCUCUGUAUAUUUUUCCCUUUUAUAAUGUGCUUUCACAUGCUGCAGACCUUAGUUACAUCCUGGGAGUCUCUCCUGAAUCAGCGCUCAGGGAGAGCCUUCCCUUUCCCGUGGCCUCUCCCAGAUUCCAUGGGGCCUCCCUCAGUAGUGGUAUUGCCAUACUCUGGAAUUUGAGCAAAACACUUAAAUAUCCAGGCUCUUCAAAGCACAAAUAUAGAAAUAAAAGCUGGGAAAGUAAACCAAAAUUCUUCAUUGUCCCUCUGGACACCCCCUGCCUGCGCCACUCCAGUGAGAAGCCCCGGCCUGCCCUGGUGCAUUCCGCCAGAGUCGGGCUGUGGGCCACCCGCGUCAGGCUACCAUUCCAGUCUUCACAUGCAGCCGCGUGGAAACUUUUGUAACAAAGAACCUCACUGGGGGUGGCGCAGCGUUUAAUAAAGUCUACGUUUGUAUUUGCCUUAAGUGGUCCUCGCUC